CCUAUUUUGAGAGCAGAGAAAAGAGCUUAUUUUGGCUCCAAAAAAAUUAGGAAGAGUAAUCAAAUCAAUACUUUCAAUUCUUCUUUCUUUCAAUUCUUCUUCAAUGGCUGCUCCAGAAAUUAACUGGGACAGGUUAGACAAAACAAAAUUUUAUGUAGUGGGAGCUGCACUUUUUUCAGGUAUUACUGUGGUACUCUAUCCUGUCUCUGUUGUGAAGACUAGGAUGCAGGUUGCUUCAAAGGAUACUGUGGAGAGAAGUGCAUUUUCUGUUGUGAAAGGAUUACUUAAGACAGAUGGAAUCCCCGGUUUGUAUAAAGGAUUUGGCACGGUCGUCACCGGAGCGAUUCCUGCCAGAAUCAUAUUUCUCACUGCCUUAGAGACCACAAAGGUGGCUUCCUUCAAGAUGCUUGAACCGUUUAAACUAUCUGAAACUACCAAGGCUGCUAUAGCAAAUGGCAUUGCAGGCAUGUCGUCAUCGAUUUUGUCACAAGCAGUGUUUGUUCCGAUUGACGUGGUUAGCCAAAAGUUGAUGGUGCAAGGGUUCUCAGGCCACGCCGAGUAUAGUGGGGGUUUGGAUGUUGCUCAUAAGUUGAUAAGGUCUGACGGAAUCAGGGGAUUAUAUAGAGGGUUUGGUCUAUCUGUUAUGACUUAUUCGCCAUCGAGCGCUGUAUGGUGGGCUAGCUAUGGCUCAAGUCAACGUUUCUUAUGGAGAUUCAUAGAAAAUGAUGUCAAAUCUGAGAAAAGUACUCCUAGUCUGCCAAAGAUUGUUUUAGUUCAGGCAACUGGGGGAAUAAUUGCUGGUGCUACUGCGUCGUGCAUCACAACGCCAUUGGAUACAAUCAAGACACGGUUACAGGUGUUGGGACAUGGAAAGAAAAGCUCUGUUAAACAAGUUGUUAAAGACUUGAUCAGUGAGGAUGGUUGGAAAGGUGUAUACAGAGGAUUAGGUCCAAGAUUUUUCAGCAUGUCAGCAUGGGGUACUUCAAUGAUAUUGACUUAUGAAUAUCUGAAGCGCCUUUGUUCAAAAGAUGAAGAAGCAGCUGGCCAGAAAUCUGGUAUUGUUUCAAUUGAUGGAUAGUGGAUAUGCACAGAAUAGCUUAUGCUCCUAUAACUUGAACACUGGAUUUGCAGCUGAACUUUAAGCAAGCAGCAGCUAUUCUAAGUUUCUAACUGAUUUUUCAGGAAAUAAUCAUUGGAUGAAUAGAUAAAGAUUUUUUUUUUCUUGCCUGAAAAAUAUUAUUUUCAUUUUUUUAGAUAAUUACAUUGGAUUAGGUGUAUUCUUUUCAAAGAUUGUAGAUAAUGUACAAUGGGAGGAAUGAGACUUUACAUACACACACACACAAAUAAACUAAUCACGCUUGGCUUUCUUUUUCCCUUUAGUUUAGUAAUUUCUUAUUUUCAUCUAACUAGGUUUGUAUUGAUAAUAAACCUUGUACAUAAUAUAAAUAAAUAUUUAUAGAGGAAAUAGCUUCACAACAAGAACAAGUUGAUGAAA